AUGUCUUAGCACAAAAUCUUUGCCAAAUAGGAUGUAAGGAAGCUCUACUUAGAUGAACAAGGGAAUGUUGAUUUUAAUAAAAUACAAGCUAGAUGGGAUGAGUUGAAGAAGAUUAAGGAAAGCUUAGCCAACAAACAUUAUACUCAAGCAGUUGUUGAGAAGGUGAAAACAAUGUCUGCUGAAGACUAAUAACGAUUUUUAGAUAUUAUGAUAGCCGGUCUAACUAAUGAUGAUAGCUCAGUUGGCAUUUCAGCUACAAGACCAGAAGAUUAUGAUGUUUUUCUGUUUUAUCUAGAACCAUUAAUCAGAGAAUAUCAUAAGAUUGAAGGGGAAACAAAGCAAGAACAUGAUUGGAAUAUCCCAGUUGGUGAGUAUGUAUUAACAAAGAUUGAUCCUGCCUUGGAGAAGGUUUCAAUGAGAGCCAGAGUGGCCAGAAAUGUUGUUGGUUACAAUUUGCCAUCAUCAAUGGAUAAGGAUGAGAGGAUAAAAUUUGAGAAUCAAAUGGUAACUGUGUUUGAAAACUUUGGAAUUCCAGGAAAAUAUCAUAGUCUAACACCAGGUCAUAAGAAUUUUAUAUCUGACCAAGAAGCUGACGAGUUAAGGAAAAAGCAUUUCUUAUUUAUAGAUAUGACAAGUGACAAUUAUUUGAUGUCAAAUGGUGUAGCAUCUGAUUGGCCAUAUGGAAGAGGAAUCUGGGUAAGUCAAGAUGAAACUAAAAUGGUUUGGGUAGGAGAAGAAGAUUAAUUAAGAAUUAUUUCAAUAGUCUAAGGUAAUGAUUUAGGUAAGGUUGAUUAAUCUCUUCAUGAGUUAUUAACUGGAAUUGAAAAGAGUGGUCUCAAAUUCGCUGAACAUCCAGUCUAUGGUAUCAUAACAACAUGUCCAACAAAUAUGGGAACUGGAAAGAGAUAAUCCAUCUUAGGCAAGUUCCCAAAUCUUAGUAAAUCAGGAACAGACGAAGCCAAUUUGAAAGAAAAAGCAAAAUCCAUUGGAUUAUAAGCAAGAGGAACUGGUGGAGAACACUCAUCUAUGGAUCAAGAGGGAACAGCUGAUAUUUCCCCAUCAGCAAGAUUUGGUGUGACAGAAGCUAUUGUAACAAAGAGAUUAUUUGAAGGAUUAAUAGUGCUCUAUCAAUUGGAAAAAACAGCAGUUCCAGAAAAGGGUAGAAAUAAUUGUUGCAUUACAUUUUGA